AUGGAAUGUGAGACUACGAGGUUGGACAAGGUUCGGCUCCAUGACAACCCUCUGCCUCUCUGUAAUGUCGCUGGCUUUGCCAAGACUUACCUCCAAGACUUUAAAGAACACACGGACAGCUCUCCAAUUAUCAGGAACCGGUCUACUCCUCACAGGUGGUCUCCGCCAGCAGCUGGUUCAGUGAAGAUUAAUUUUGACGGAGCGAUGUUUGGGGAGUCUGACAGGGCGGGGUUGGGAGUGGUAAUUCGGUCUUGCCAGGGUCAGGUGGUGGCAGCCCUAUCCGAGCAAAUUACAAAACCUCCAACAGUGGAGAUCCUGGAACUCUUGGCUGCAAGGCGUGCGGUUUCCUUUUCUGCAGAAUUGGAACAUCUUCGUUGUGUAUGCGAAGGCGACUCUCUUUCAGUGGUUAAUGCCUUAAAGGGAUCGGGAUUGGUUCUUUCUAGUGGAGGUCAUCUCUUAGCGGAUAUCUCUUCUCUCUCAAACUCUUUUCAGAGUAUCUCUUUCGCUCAUGUAGGUCGGCAAGGCAAUGCGGUUGCGCAUGCCUUAGCCCAACGAGCGAGAUCUUCUCUUUCGACUCAAAUUUGGUUGGAGUGUGUUCCAACGGAUAUCAUGUCUAUUGUAAUGGAUAAUUUUCCAAACUCUUGA